AAACCCCAAAUUCUUUCUUCUGAAUGAAAGAAGAAAAAUGAGAAGAAAAAUGGAGAGGCUCGUUCUUCUUCCUUUCUCUGUGGGCUGUAUCUCCGAAUCAAGUGUUGCUGUGGGAAUUCAACAGACUGCAACAUCCAAAUUGCCAAGAUCAAGGGGCGAGAAAGUUGAGGAUGGAGAAGAAGGAGAAGGAACUCUUUUAGAGGAAAGUUUGAAGAACUCGCAAAAGUUCUCAGCACUUGCAAAGCCUAAUAUAGCAGUUGGCUUUCAUAGGCUUUACAGAGGUUUCAAGAACAUCUCUCAAUUAUUUGUGUACAAAGAGGAGAUGGAAGAAAUGGAGAUGAUGGAUAUGGAAAUAGGGUCCCCCACAGAUGUGAAGCAUGUGACACACAUAGGCUGUGAUAUUGCCUCCACAAUAGAUGAUGAUAAUCAUAAUGCCAAUAAUAACCCUUUCAUUGCUAAUUGGGAAACUCUUCUAACUUGGACCCAAUUUGAUGAUCAUCAACUUUCAAACCCAUUGCCUAAUGUUGUACAUCAUUCCAUUUGAAUAAUAUUUUCUCAACUCUCUCUCUAUAUUCAUCACUACUUUUGUGCAAAACAAAAAGGAAAAAAAAAGUAUGGUUAAUUAAUUGCUGUUGAUUUGAUGAUGUACUUUGAUGUGGUAUUGAUCAUAUGGGUUUAUAUAUAUA